UGGGUCGGGUCAACCGGGUAAGCCCUGCUUACCCGUAACUACUCCAAAUGCGGGAGCUGGAUACAAAAAUGGGGUCUGCUGUUGACUCACUGAUCGAAGGACCAAUUAAUACGAGCAACAAGAAGCGCAUCAUCAGUUUGUUCAUUCGCUUUCUUAAUUAAGACCACUUCAUUGAUGAUUUCCUUGUCGCGCUGUGUGCUUGGGAAAUCUGCCUUUCAUAUCCCAGCUCUUUCGUUCUGGUUUCUCAAUCCGCCAACCUCAUGUCUCCAGCACCGGAACAGCCCACGCCAUCGGAGCCCCGCCCCGCCCCGGGCCCGGCGCCGGAUCCCGCAUCCUUCGUCCGCGUGCGCACCACUCGCCCGCGCUCCCCAUUCCCUCCCAACUCAGCCCGCCAACCCAUCAUCACGCCCCGCCUCAUCCUCCGUGCCUUGACGCCGGAGGACAUCCCCGCCCUCCAUGUCCUCCGCACCCAGCCAGAGGUGAUGCGCUGGACGGCGUUGGGCAGGCCGGACGCGGAUCUGGAGGAGACGCGGAGGAGGAUGGAAAGGUCUUAUCCGCCCAAUGAUACGGCCUCGUUCAACUUCGCGAUCUGUGCGAGGGGCGUGGAUGGCGACGCCGACGCUGCGGGGGAGCUGAUCGGCAUUGGCGGUUGCGCUCUGACUAAAGGGAGCUUCGGCUGGUCCGUCAAGUCCGAGCUCUCUUUUUGCUGAUUAUGGUUUCGGGUAGCUCUUAGUUGCUCCCGAGAUAAUUCUUUGCUCCCCAGUUGCCCCCCCAUGUCUGGAUUACCUAGGGAAGAAAC